AUGAAAUCAGCUCUUGUUAUCCUCUUCUUCUUCUUCUUUCUGUCUGUUCACCAAGCCCAAGCAGCAUCAUUUUCACUCCCAAACCUAAACCAUCACGAAAUACCCAUCCAUGUACCACAGCCCGAAAGCAUUGCUUUCGACUGCAAUGGCGCACCGUACGUGGGUGUGGCUGAUGGCAGGAUAUUCAAGUGGCUAGGAUACCCUUUUGGGUGGAGAGAAUUCGCAGUCACCGGCCCCAAUAGGCCGAGAGGAGUAUGUGAUUUAACAACCAACAAAGACAAUGAACCGAUAUGCGGGAGGCCACUUGGUUUAAAAUUUGACCUCACAACAUGUGAACUGUAUAUCGCAGAUGCCUAUUUUGGGCUUCUGAAGACAGGACCAAAUGGUGGAGUAGCUCAAAUACUUGCGACAUCUGCUGAAGGAGUUCCUUUCCGUUUCUUAAACGGUGUCGACAUUGAUCGCCAAAGUGGAAUGGUGUACUUCACAGACACCAGUGCUAUUUACCAGAGAAGAAAUUGGGAAUUGUCAGUUAGUACAGGUGAUAAAACUGGAAGGUUAAUGCGAUAUGAUCCAUGGACAAAGAAUGUCACUGUGUUGCGUCAUGACUUGUCUUUUGCAAACGGGGUGGCACUAAGCAAAGACGGUGAUUUUGUGCUAGUAACCCAAACCACUGCAAAGAACAUUUUGAGGUAUUGGCUUCGAGGGCCUAGAGCCAACACUGUUGAUAUUUUUUUCCAACUGCAAGGAGCCCCGGACAAUAUCAUCAGAAACAUAAAUGGAGAAUUUUGGGUUGCAGAAAAUAGUGCCGGAAAAGGUAAAGCGGUCAAGCUCGACGCUCAAGGAAACUUUCUAGACGUGGUGGAUGGACUCAACCCUGUGAGUCAUGUUGAGCAGCGUUAUAGAAACCUUUGGAUAGGAUCUGUGGUUAAUAACUUUGUUGGGGUUAUUCUUAAUUUUGUUUGA